AUGGAAGCCGCUGACACUGUUGUUGAUCAUCCAGAGCAAAUAUUGGAGAAGAUCUGGCAACAAAACCAAACUUUAAGAGAGGCUCUUCGCAAAAGUGACUUUCAAGACAAGGAGAAGAUAAUGGAGUAUAUUCCAAAAGUGACUGUUCUCCUUCUGGACCUCAUGAAAGCCCUCAGCACACCACUGGAGAACACUACUAAGAUUCUUCAAGAUACUUGCCAGUUACUGAAUACACUUCAGGAUAAAGGUCAGCAACAGAUUUCAAGUCAAGAGAAGAACAACCCUGCUGAUUGGCUUCUGGAAUUAAGCAGGCACAUACUGCAUGCUGUUAGACACAUUGAAGAGGCAGAAAAUAAGCUGCUUGGAAAAAACUGUAGAAAAAAGGAUCAAGUUCACAUUGUCCCAUGUAUAUCUGAGAAAUCUGAGUGGGAUGCUGAAAAAAAGAAUUCAAACAGCGUGCAAGUACUGGCAUAUGUAAAUCAGCCAUUCCAUGAACCAUCAUCCAUGCUUGAAGAGGAAAACAGAGCCCAGCUAACAGAAAGCCAGAUGGUUGAAGCUGAAACUGUUGGAUGCAUAAAGGAAAAAAUAUCUGGCCAAAGAAAGGAAUCUCCAGCACUCAUGGAAAAUGAAGAUGAAAGUAAAUCAGAUAAAUCAAUUCGAGUGCCAAGAAAGGGCAACAGAAAAAGCUCUCGUAAGAUGAAAUCUUCACAUAAGAAAUCCUCAAAAAGCACAGAUUUGGAAGACAUUUCAGGAAACAAUGAACAAAAUACAACUGUGUCCAAAAAGCUGGGAAACAGUAGUGUGAAACACCAAGGGGCACUUUCUAAUCAAGAAAAACAGUCAAAAGAAAAGGAAUCCCCAAAACAGACCAAAAAUGUGAAGCACCAGCUGAUAGGAAAGCCAGCCAGGAUGGACAAUCAAAAUGAGAAAAGUAAUGAAAGCAUGCACAGCAAUCAAGGAAGUGUGCUUGGAUUUGCAAGUUCAGAUGAUUUACAUGCAACCAGUUCCAUUAACCUGUCUACGAGUAAGCUGGAGGAAAGGGACAGUGAAAGUGACUGGAUGAACAAAGAGUUUCUUGUGGAAAUGAAUGGGAUGAAUGAACCAGAAAUGGCCUGUUCUGUCACAGCACCCUGUAGCAUUCUAGAAAACCUAGCAAUUGGGAUUGUCAAUGAUUUAAGUUCAUUGGUGGUAGAUGAUUCAGAAGAAUUAGUCAGCCAUAUCAUUAGUAUUGAGUGCUUGCAGGAUGACCAAGCAAUCACUUCUCCAAUCUCUAUUGCAAUCCCAUUUACUUCACGUUAUAGAGGAAUGUACAAAGACAUUAUGGUGAAGGUGACUGACAUGAACUUUCAGUCAAGUUAUCUAACUCCAGUCUCUUUGGAAGGGCACCAAGGAAAUCAUAAGGGGACUUUUGCUGAGGUAAAAACCUGCCAGAUUGGUAUAUUUUCUGUGGUUUCAUGCUUAAAGUCGGAAACAUUCACUAUUCCAAGGAAAGGUCUCUCACGAAAAUUAAGUAUGGAUUCCAGAAUUUCAUUUUGUUAUCCACCAUCAACUUUCAGUUCUCGGGUAACCAUGCAGUUAAAGGUACAACCAAUCGAGCCAUCAGUAUUGUCCAUAUUGAAAACAAAGCAUGAGACAUAUCAUUCAGUAGUGUCUACAAGUCCUCUGGUGCAUGUGCAACAUUCUUCAUCCCAGCCAUUCAGAAAACCCAUCACAGUUAUUCUACCCUGUCCUCCAAAUCCAGAAAAGAAGAGUCAGACAGAUGAGGCAGACCAUGGGAGAGUGACUAGUGCGUCUAUACCCAGGGCUACAACUAUGCAUAAUUUUCGGGCAAUGAGUGCCUCUCCAAGGAAACAUGGGGAGAAUCUUAAUGAAUCCUUGAAAUUACUGGGGUACAAAAGCAAAGAAGAGGAAUGGGCUCUGUUGGAUGACAUCAUGGUACGAAAUGCACCGAGGAGCCUUGUAUCAUUUGAAUUAGAUGAGCACUUAGACAGCUUUAUGGUUCUUCGCCUGUCUUCUGCUAUGGACAACAAACAUCUAGUUCAGUUUAUUCAGCAUCUGGAGGAGGACACCCACAAUACCAUGGCAAAAGUGGUAUUAUAUCGAAAAAAGGAAGAUCCUUACAAAAUAAUUGUCUUAUUGGUGCCAGCCAGAGAACUGAAUCUGGAGCUGCAGAGCUUGCGUGAAGAGGGGUAUUCUGGCCCUCCAGAGCCCUCGCAGCAGUUCAAGCUAAGAGAAGGAGAACAAAUUCAUUUUAGGUUUAGUGGAAAUAUUUUUGCUUCAGAUGAUGGAAUGGCAUUUGGAAAAACCUACAAACUUAUUUUUCAUGCACAAAGAAGCCCAAGGCUUGCCCUCCAAAUCAAGGAAGUGGAUGAAUUUGGUAACUACAGUUCACCCCAUUACAAGGGAACUGUCUUAUUUUAUAAAGUGAGCAAGGAAGCUGUAGCUAAGAACUUGGAGCAACCGAUUUUGCCUGAUGACUACCAGCACCAGGCCCCUCUCUGCAAAUUGGCACUAACCUUGCCAAAGCAGGAAAAGCUCAUCAAGCGUCCACAAAGCACAAAGAGGAUUUCUCUUGAUUCAUCAGAGGCACUUUGGGACAACUUAAUGCACUGGCUGUCGCAAGAACUAUCAGAAGAUAAUGCUUCGUGCCUUGCGCUUUCUCUCCCGCUCCACCGAAGCACUCUUCAGCUUAUUAAGCUGAAGUGUCCUGAUAAUCUCACAGAGCAGAUCUAUGAGCUCCUGUGCUUCUGGAAAAGGAAUCUUCCACGAUCUGCUGACAAGCUCCAUCUCCUCUCUCGCUAUCUCUGUAAGAGUGGCAGGAGCGAUCUUGCCGAAGAUCUUCGGGUCAACUGGGAAAGUAAAGUGUUUGUGAGGACAAUCCACUAA